GUUACUUGCAAUACAGGCUCUGCGCAGCAUUCAAGCAUUCAAGCAUCGCUAUACGUUUUCGCCAAAGCAUUUCAUUCGGAUCUGCAGGAUUCAAACCACAGCAGUUCAUUUGUAACCGAAAUGGACCCAUAGUAUGACAACUUUCAUUUGACUUGAUUUUAUAUUUUAUUUCAUUGUCAUAUUUGCUAUUUAUUUUUCUUCAUCCGAUAUCAUUGAUUUUUCUACUCUCAUCCACAAUUGAUUUGCAGCCAGUUUGCUCACGACCACCCAGCUCUAAAGGGAAUACUGUGUCUCGAGCCGAUCUCUCUCUUUCUGUCUUUCCUGCUGUUAUUCGAGAAGGAGGCUCGCGCACUUUGGAUUGGUACCUUGACUGGUUUUACCAAGAACCGGACAAACGGGGGAUUUAUUCUUUGCUUCUGCGCUCGUGGAAGUGGACAACGGCGGUGACAGGGUCGCCUUUCUGUUGUGAGGAAUGUACCCUGUGCUCAGGUCGCCUCGCUGAGGGAGAAUAUUAACGCGCUAUCUUCUUCUCUCUGAAUGAGACUGCUUUGCACCUUUGGUUUUGUAUUCCCGAGGUGUUCGUGUAAAGGGACUAACUCGGCAGCAGGUUCUUUCUUGGAGAUGCACUACGUUUGAUUGUUUUUACGCAUUCACUAUUUCGUCCCUUUUUUUCCUCUCUCCCCAUUUUCAGAUCGUGAUAUAGAGUUUAAUUGCCUCAGUCAUUCUCUUGGGCGUUUCACGUCUCUUUUUUUUUGGACAUAUAAUUUCGGAUCGGAUUGUGAUCCUCCCGAAAGACCGUAAUAAUGGGGGACUCGAUGUGGAGAUAUUAUGUAGGAGUUUUGUUUAUUGCGUGCAAGGUGAUCUUGACCAGGGCGAUAAUUAUGGACGCCAUAUAUUGGAACACAACAAAUACAAAAUUCGUGCCAGGACAGGGCUUGGUGUUGUACCCUCAGAUAGGGGAUAAGUUGGACAUAGUCUGCCCACGUGUGGACGGAGUAGCUGAUGGGGUGGAGUAUUACAAGAUCCACAUGGUUCCCAGGGAGCAGCUGGAGAGCUGCACCAUAACCAAGGCUGACACACCACUGCUCAACUGUGUGAAGCCUGACCAGGACGUCAAGUUCACCCUGAAGUUUCAGGAGUUCAGCCCCAACCUGUGGGGCCUGGAGUUCUUCAGAGGACAAGACUACUACAUCAUCUCAACCUCUAAUGGCACCAUGGAGGGGCUUGAGAACCAGGAAGGAGGAGUUUGCAAGAUGAAAUCCAUGAAGAUAAUCAUGAAAGUGGGACAAAGUGCCUCUGAUCCUGUCUCACCCAAAGACUACCCCACCAGAUACCCUCCCAAGCAGCCCGACACAGUGGGAAAGGACUCCUACAAACCAAACGAAGUGCUGGAGAAGACAGAUUCGUCGUACAGGGAGGGCGAGGGCGACCAGGGGACGGGUGGCAAAUCCUCCAGCAUCAUCGGCUCCGAGGUGGCCCUGUUCGCAUGCAUCGCCUCGGGCAGCGUCAUCUUCAUCGUCAUCAUCAUCAUGCUGGUCCUGCUGCUGCUCAAGUACCGGCGACGGCACCGCAAGCACUCUCCGCAGCACGGCACCACGCUGUCCCUCAGCACGCUGGCCACGCCCAAACGGGGCAACAACAACGGCUCGGAGCCCAGUGACAUCAUCAUCCCUCUCAGGACUUCAGACAGCGUCUUCUGCCCGCACUACGAGAAAGUGAGCGGGGAUUACGGUCACCCGGUCUACAUCGUUCAGGAGAUGCCCCCCCAGAGCCCUGCUAACAUCUACUACAAGGUCUAAACCUCACCUCCAACCUCCCUGGCAGGGCUGGUUUUUGGGAUUGGACCCUCCUUUCUCUCUGUUAUUGUUCUUGUUGUUUUUACAGAAACGUUACUAUUUGUGGUUGAUAUUCCUUGUUUUUUUGGGAUUCGUUUCGAGAACGUGAAAGAGAAAAGCUGCUCUCCUGCGGAUUUUUUUUUGGGGGGGGAAAUACCUCCUAUCCGCUUCUCUUCUCUCCCAGCAGCUUGUGUGUUUGUGUGGACGGACGGACGUAAGGACAGAUGGAUGGUUGGAGAGACAGAAAGAUGCCCCCCCCUGUCCCCUACACGUGUUUGUUUUGGGCACACAGAAGGAACAGAGGAGGACCCAAACCUCCCUGGAUAUCCUGCUCUGCGAUUCUCCCCAAAAGAGACUACUGCUGGGAAAUAGAGGGAAAGAGGCAAUGGAGGGAGAAAGAGAGGGAUGGCAGAGAGAGGGAUGGCAGAGAGAGGGAUGGCAAAGAGAGGGAUGGCAGAGAGAGGGAUGGCAGAGAGAGGGAUGGCAGAGAGAGGGAUGGCAGAGAGAGGAAAAGGAGAGAAGGGGCGGACCUUGAACUCAUGUCAGUAAUGGCAGUUAGCCAUGAGACACUUUGUGGAAAUAUCCACUCUGGGACAAUCCCGAAUGACACACGGACACCAACCUAUCAACCACACAACCACCCACCCACUCACUCACCCUAUCACCCACACACCCACACACUCACCCACUGUCAGUCAUUGUGAACGGUUCAGACCCUCGUGCUCGUUAUGACCCAUAAUUCCCUCAUCGUUUCCGACCACACCUUUUACUUUCUUGCAUCAUCAAUCAUUACCGUGGUUACUUGAAAAAAUGUUUUGGAGAAGAAGAAAACCACACGAUUCCUUUUUAUAGCUUCGUUAUUGUUGGUUCAUUCCUGGUAUUGUUCAACUUGCAGAUUAUUUAUUUUUUUGGUAACGUGGUUUUGUCGCAGCUCAUGCCGUGCUGGUGUACGUGACUUUCAAAUACAAACACACACACACACACACACACACACACACACACACACACACACACACACACACACACACACACACACACACACACACUGCAGCCCAGCACUGAGAGAGCAGAAAGCAGGACUUAGAGAGGGCUGGACCAUGUGGAGGUGUUUUAUUUGUGUUCCGUCAUAUCGGGGGACAUGCUGCUCUUUCUACUCCCUCUGAGUGGUCAGGGCUCACCAGGUGGCUUCUGGGAAGGGUGGAGGACCUAAAUGAAUCAUAGAGCAGCACUUUUAACCCCCCCCCUGUCCCUCUACCCAGUCAAGCAGUCAGAUCACAGAGAGGGAGAGAGAGGUGCUGGCAGAGGGGGUGAAAGAGAGACAGGAUAGAAGCUGUAUCCCCUUUCAGUAUGGUUGUAAUAGUAGCAAGGACUGACUUUCCAGAGAUUGGCCUCUACAACACCGAGAAGUGUUGGUGAACCGGAAAUACAGGCAAUAAGAAAUCCCACCAUGCCUUGCUGCUGCAGUUUCAGCUACACGGAGGAAAGGUAAAGAUAAGAGAAGCCCAGGUCUAACUGGAGUUUAACCCAGCCACUGUCUGAAACAGAGAGGUCUAAGUGGAGUUUAACCCAGCCGCUGUCUGAAACAGAGAGGUCUGGUGGAGUUUAACCCACCUGCUGUCUGAAACAGAGAGGUCUGGUGGAGUUUAACCCAGCUACUGAAACAGAGAGGUCUGGUGGAGUUUAACCCAGCUACUGUCUGAAACAGAGAGGUCUGGUGGAGUUUAACCCAGCUACUGAAACAGAGAGGUCUGGUGGAGUUUAACCCAGCUACUGUCUGAAACAGAGAGGUCUGGUGGAGUUUAACCCAGCCACUGUCUGAAACAGAGAGGUCUGGUGGAGUUUAACCCAGCCACUGUCUGAAACAGAGAGGUCUGGUGGAGUUUAACCUAGCCGCUGUCUGAAACAGAGAGGUCUGGUGGAGUUUAACCCAGCCACUGUCUGAAACAGAGAGGUCUGGUGGAGUUUAACCUAGCCGCUGUCUGAAACAGAGAGGUCUGGUGGAGUUUAACCCAGCCACUGUCUGAAACAGCUCUAGGUUCCGUAGUGUCUGUUCCCAGGGGCAACAAGAACCGUUGCCAUCCUAAAAAAAAAAGCACAGGGACAUCAAAGCUCAUUGUCACUUUUUCUCAAACGUCAUCUUUAGCAUUUCCUUGUUGUUUUUUAAAUUUUUUACUUAUUAUUAUUAUUAUUAUUUUUUAGUUAGAAAAAUAGAUGUACAUUUAAAGGAGGACAUUUUGAAAACAGAAAGAGUAAGAAAUAAACCAUCUGAAAAAAAUCAUUAUUUAUUCAUCAUAGACUCAUUAGAGGUGUUGUCAGAAAGACAGUGAUGUAGUCUUUAGUCUGGUAUAAAAGUACACAUUAUGCAAGCUAGAGUUUUAAUGAUCUAAUUCACCCACAAUGUCCCAUCUUUUCAUUAACUUCCACCCAGAGACACAGGACUAGAGCCUGGGAAGGGGAUAGGGAGGGCAUCCUGGACAUAUGCCCCAAGGGGAGAGGAGGUUGUUGGACCCAAAAUAGCAUAACCACGAGGCAGACCAGCAGUGUAUCCCACACUCCUUCACUGUAGCAUCUCCCAAAGGACCAUGGGAAAUUCUCAUGAUGACCCUGUGCCCCUCUUUCCCCAUGCUACCGUGUGUGUGUGUGUGUGUGUGUGUGUGUGUGUGUGCCUCCUGUUGAGCAAGGCCAGUGAAAGACAGCCAUUUUGUUCUCUUUUAUUCACACGCAUUUGAAAACAUUGACUUAAGAAAAUGAGAACACGAUUGUGACUUAUACCACGCCCAAAUCAUGUAUCUGUUCACAACCAACAUUCUCAUUAGUUCAUUAAGAACAUCAAAUUUCACCAAGCCUUGUAUGAUCUGGGGUUUGUGCCUCUAAGAGGCUACAAAAUCUGCAAAUAUGCAAUUUCUAUUUAUUUUUUUAAGAAUUGAGAGAAAUCUACACCUAUGGAAAGUGUUCUUAAACCACUGAGAGAUGUAACAACAAACAGGACAACAACAAAACGAGUAAAGUACAUCACACGAGCCUGCUGUUAGAGUUUUUGAUUUCUAGUAUUAUUUUAACAUUUAUUUAGUUCCAAGGUAAACUGUGAAGAGGAGGGGAAAAAAAAUGUUUUGAAAAUUAAAUGCACCCGGACAGUUAUUUAAGAAAGAAAGAGCGAGAGAGAGAACACACACACCAGGAAUCACAAAACAAAUUGAUGUUUAGUUGCUGUCUUGACUGCGACAGAAUAUGACAAUCGUUUUAGUUUCUUUGAAUCUGACGUCCUUAUCCUAGCUAACGUACAACUGACAUUCUUCUAAAACGGCUAGGGUCGAUUUUUAUGUCUCUGUUAAUUAAUGUCAAUGAAAUGUUGCAGCCAUGUUGAGAGAAUGUUAGUAAGCUGGCUAGGAGAAGUACUUCAGGCUAACUGUAAAAUGCCUUGCUCGUAUUGGUCAGCCCUUGGUCACCUGACUCAGUAAUUUUGCACCGUUCUAUCUGUAGGUGAGAAACUGUAAAUACAUGAAUGUUUGUAUUGUUUAUGGAUCCUGGGAUGUUACAAUAGCCUUAUUCACCUUUUUAGGAAAGUAAAUGGACAGGAAUAAAGAGCAAAUGGGACACUCUUCUGUAAAACAGAGCAUAUGUUUGUUGGUAAAUAGCUUGUGUAUAUAUUGACAAGAUCAAUAAAACAAUGUUUUUAUCAACUCUUAAAGUAAGAUGUUUUGUAUACAAUUAGAUUUUUGUUUUGUUUUGUUUUGUUUUUGUUUGUUUUGUUGCUAUGUAUUUUAGCUAGCGCUCGUUGGAAAGCCCUUGUCCUCCUCCCACUCCCUCCCCCUUUUGCACUGUUUCCAUGGCAAUUUGGUUUGGAAACAAUCGAGAGAACAAGUUGCCAAACCGACUGCUGCAUAUUCCUGUGUACCAUAAAUAUUUAUUGAAUUCAUUUUUGUUGUUGUUCUGUUUUUUAAAUUUUUAAAUUUGAUUUCUGUUCAGUAAGUGACACAGUAUUACGAUUGGGUUGUUCAUUUGUCUCCCUGUCCUGGUUUCGUUAGUCUGUCCUGGUUUCGUUAGUCUGUCCUGGUUUCCAGGUGGCUGUAUCAGUAACCCCUCCCCUUGCAGUUUCAGAUGACCAGGCCGUUGAAAUGGUUAAACAUUCAAAAACAAAAUGAACUAAAGUGACACACAUUCCACCAGUCUGUUAAAGAACUGAAAAUGUUUUUCAAUAAAAUGUUUUUCCUAUGGA